AUGGUUCCCAUCUCUUUCGUGUUAGUGGGUUUCUGUUGAGACAGCAAGAUCCUCAUUGUAGCUUGGUGCCCUCUUCUUUUUUAGGUAAAGUACUCGAGGGAACCGGGCAAUCCGACCAAAUGUAAGUCUGGAAGGGAUCUGAUCCCUAACCUUCUUCCUAUCUUGUAUCUUUGAUGGAGCUGGAUUUUGGAGAGUUUUUAUUAGAAGUGGACGCAUGAGCAUCCCUUUGAAUUCCACGUCGUUUUAUUACUGUUUUAAUGUUUAUUUUGCAUUAGCUGCGAAUUUUGCGCUUAUUCGGUGUUUACGAGUAGCGCAACCGAUUAACCUCAUUCUACUAAGUGUUUAUGGCUUCUAUCGUUGUGUUUCGACCCGACUGAUGCUCUUUUGUUACCGUCUCUUUGAUUAUGUGACAGCUGCCAAGGCCAUGGGGCGGGACCUAAGGGUUCAUUUCAAGGUGCGUGGACGUUAUGUUCUCUACUAAUUUAGAUUGUUUUGAAGAAUCCCUACAUUAAUUUAAUGCUCUCCUUUAUUUUGAAUCACCUUGCUACCUUGUUAUAUCUGGUGGGAUAUUUAGACCUGACAACGUUGCUGGCAAUUCCAUGGCCACAAAGUACUAUUUCGUGCGCACUUCAUUGAAUAUUUUGCAGUCUCUGCCAUCCGCUGAUCUUGGCGUUAGUUUUUUUCUCAGGUGGAUGGCCGUGUUUCUUUCUUUUAGUUGUAUAUUAGUAAAUUCCUGUUUAUAAUCAGCGAGUAAAUUUCUUUGAAGCUCUUAUUCACUCUGUACAAUGAUAUGCGGGUCGUGACGCCAUUUUUUAGUGCUCUUCUUAAUUUCUCAUAAACAUCCGAAUAUUGUAAUGCCUACAUAAUCGCUCCGAGCAUUUUCGCUGGAUCUCUUUCUACGGGGCUUUAUCAGAGAAUAUCAUUGAUGUUGACAAAGAUUUGUGAAUAACACCAGCCAGACCUAUUGCUUUUUUUUAUAUCCGAUAAUACUCCAUUAAUCAUGGAUUGAUCUUAUGUUUGUUUUUUUCUUUUAGAUGCUUAUUUUAGGAGUGAGAAAAACAAGAGGCCUUUUAAUCCUGAACAGGCCCUCACCUAAUUUCCUUGGAGAUAAAUGAUAUUCCAAUUGGAUGAACAUAUGGAGGUUCUGUGGCUGACACGAUAACUUGUACUAAAAUUUAGCUCAACGAGCCGUCUGAUGUGUCUGAUCAUUAUAUGAUGACGGAUUAUUAAUUAAUUAAUUAUAAUUAGCUGAUGUUCAUUCAUGAUGCUGAUUUACUUUGUGGCUUUGAUCUCAUUAUCCAAGAUCUCUCUCUAUUCUUGCAGAACACGAGGGAGACCGCCCAUGCAAUCCGUAAAUUGCAACUGGCCAAGGCUAGGCGAUAUCUCGAGGACGUCAUUGACCAUAAGCAAGCAAUCCCCUUCACGAGGUUUUGCAGGGGUGUGGGCCGCACUGCGCAGGCCAAGAACCGCCAUCCGAAUGGGCAAGGCCGAUGGCCAGCAAAGUCUGCAAAGUUCAUUCUCGACCUGCUAAAGAAUGCUGAAAGCAACGCAGAUGUAAUCUCAAUCGAUUCUUCUCCACGCUUAGAUGCCUAUUUCUGGUUAUCUUUGCUAAUAGAGGGCUGGUCAUAAAUUCCAUCUUCCAGGUGAAGGGCCUGGAUGUGGACACUCUCUAUAUAUCGCAUAUCCAGGUUAAUCAGGCCCAGAAGCAGAGACGCCGCACUUACCGGGCUCAUGGGCGAAUCAACCGUGAGUGAAGAUCACCUUCUGGGACCUUGAACCCAAGGUUAUAUAUGCUCGUUUUUUAAUCAAUCAUCCCCAUUUCCUCAGCUUACAUGUCGUCACCAUGCCACAUCGAGCUGGUCUUGUCCGAGAAGGAAGAGCCUGUGAAGAAAGAGGUAAUCUCCUCCAUUAGUGUCGUUUAUAUGGGAUCCAACUUUGGUGUUCAUGUGGUGGACUCCUCUUUUCUCCCUAAGAACCCUCAACUCUGAAACCUUUCUCUCUCUGUUCCAGCCUGAAACGCAGCUGGCCACCAGGAAAUCAAAGAAACCCCAGGCGUUGCACAGUGGUGCCUCUUCUUGA